CCUUCCGCAGCCCCGCCCCUGUUCCCCCCACGUGUGAGCCCUGAGAGGCUGGCUGGGUCACUGCGCGUUUGCUUCCUCCAGGUCUCCGGGUGCGUGGAUCCCGGCGCGCCGCCCGCUUGGUCAUGGGGGUCCCCAAGAGGAAGGCCUCGGGCGGCCAGGACGGCGCGGCUGCCCGGGCGAGCACAGCCAAGCGGGCCCGCACUGAAGAGCUCACGGGCGUGCGCUUCAAGGCUCAGCUGAGGGACCCGCAGGGCGCGGGGCCGGCCCUGGAGGCAUUUGUUUCCGCUGCUAAGAAGCUCCCCCGAGAAGACGUGUACGAUGUUGUGGAGGGGUACAUCAAGAUUUCUGUGGAGUGUGCCGAGAUGUUCCAGCUCCUGAGUGGGGAGAAGCGCCCUGAAAGUGAAAUGCUUUUAGUAUUUCAAGUUUUCGAGGCCAUAUUAUUGCGGACAGCCAGUGACCUUUCCCAUUUUCACGUGGUGGGGACCAACAUCGUGAAGAAGCUAAUGAAUAACCACAUGAAGCUCAUCUGUGAGUCCCUGUAUGCCUCGGGUUACAGGAUGGCUCGAGCCUGCCUGAACCUGAUGGCCGCCAUGGUGACCCAGGGUCCCGAGGCUGCCAGGGACGUCUGCAGCCAUUUCGAUUUGAAUAAGAAGACCUUGUACACCCUGGUGACCAAGAGGGAUCCAAAGGGAGUACAUGACGUCCGGCUGGCCUACAUUCAGUUCGCGCUUUCCUUUCUGAUCGCCGGCGAUGACAGCACGAUCACGCAAGUGCUGGACUUGAAAGAAUUUAUUCCUUGCAUUUUUAGCUCAGGCAUCAAGGAAGAUAGGAUCUCCACCAUCAGUAUUCUGUUGUCCACACUGAAGACAAAGGUAGUUCACAAUAAAAAUAUCACAAAGACCCAGAAGGUGCGUUUCUUCACUGGACAAGUGCUGAACCACAUAGCAUCUCUCUACAGCUGGAAGGGGAUUGUCGACGUGAGCCUGGACAGCGUUGAGACUUCUGCUAAAGACGCAGGGAAGACCAUGGUGCGAGAGCUUGUUCAUAACUUCCUGAUGGAUCUAUGCUGUUCGCUCAAGCAUGGGAUUAAUUUUUACGACACAUCUCUCGGUACCUUGGGCAGAGGAGGAAACCUGACUCUCCUGCACUUCCUGCUGGGUUUGAAAACCGCAGCAGAUGACGAGCUGGUUGCUGAACUGGUGGUGAACAUUCUGAAAGUGUGCCCGGACCUACUGAACAAGUACUUCAAGGAAGUGACGUUCUCCUUUCUCCCAAGGCUGAAGUCCACCUGGUCAAAUAACAUCAGACUGCUGAACAAGAUCUACGCUGCCCAGCCGGACAUCUCCCGGGCGUUUCAGACCCGAGAGUUCAUCCCGCUGCCUCGGCUCCUGGCCAUGGUGAUGGUGACCACCGCGCCUCUGGUGUGCAACAAGAUCAUGUUCACGCAGGCGCUGAAUUUGGACAGCGUAUCCGUGAAACACACAGCUUUAUCCCUUGUUGCCGUCAUUUUGAAGAGAGCCUUAAAGACCAUCGAGCACUGCCUGAAUAAAGAGGCCUGGCAGGAGUCGGGUGUCUACACGGCCACCAUGAUGGAAGACUUCGUGCAGCUCUUCAGAGAAGCUCUGAGCAAGAUUUUACCAGACCUGAAUGCCAUCAUCUGGGUCUGGCAGUCUCUCAGGAAGCAGGAUUCAGAACAGGAUGACGAGAAAGGAAAGAAAAAGGCCAGCAAGACCGCUGCUCCCUGCGUGGCUCCCGAGAGCGAUGAUGCAGAAACCAUUCUUCUGAAAGCCGUGCUGCUCCAGGUCAUCUGCCUCUACCAGAAGGUGGUCCCGCACGUGGUCAUGCAGUACAACUUUGACUUCAGCAAGCUCCUGAAAGGGGUCAUCUCAGAGGAGGGCCUGCGGGAGGAGGUGCCCCCGCUUCUGCAGUACCACAUUCUCAAGGUGGCCCUGGAACUGCCCGCCAGCAAGUUUCUGUGGUUAAAGGCCCAGGAAGGCCCAGAUGCAGAAAUCAUUGGAGGCAAACGAUCGGUGUUUUACUUACUGAUGAAAAUGUUUGUGACCAGUGGCCAUUCACAGCUCAAGUCAUCAACCAAACUUCUGAUUGUGAAGAUCCUGCGGGACACAGGCGUGUUUGAGCACACCUGGCCGGAGCUGGAGCUGUGGCUGGAGCACUUGGAUGACACGGCGGAGGAGAGCAAGGAGGCCGUGAUCCGGUUUUUGGAACGAGUCCUCCUGACGUUGGUGGCGAAUCCGUAUUCAUACAUGGACAAGGCGUCUGACUUCGUCCAGGAAGCCAGCGCCCUGCAGGCCCCCGGGACGCGGCAGGACGCCGAUGACGCCAGCAUUCCCAUCUCCCACAUCGACGAUGUCCUCGACAUGGUGGAUGUGCUGGUGGAGGGCAGCGAAGGCUUGGAUGAGGAGGUUGGCUUCGUCCUGAAUGAAGACAUGAUCCUCCUCACGUUCCCGUUCAGCGCCGUGGUCCCCGCCGCCCUGGAGGCCAGGAAUAAGUUGCUCCUUGGAACAGAAAGCGAAGCAGGAGAGAGCGUCGUGGCGUAUCUGACCGGUGUUCUCACGGACCUGCUCCACACCCAGAGAGACCCACUGGCCCUGUGUCUUCUGCUUCAGUCUUACGACCAGUUGGAGCCUCCGAGCCUGCCUUGCCGCCGCCGGCUGUCCCAGUUCAACAGAUACUACAGCCUCUGGAUCCCGGAAGCAGCCCGCGAGGCCCUGCCGCUGCAGACUUCGGGCAGCCCUGCCCCUCCGGGCCCUGCGGCCCCAUCCUUCUCCUCCCUGCUGCAAAUGGCCUACACCAGUCAGGACCAAGGCCAGGGCCCGGGCGGGCUCCCGCUCCUGGACGAGGGGGUUCAGGCACAGCUACGGGCCUCCCUCCUGCGCCUGCCGAUGCACCAGGCCCUGCGUGCCGCCAAACACCUGCUGCUGUACAUCAGGAGCGCCGUGGAGAACUUCGCCCAGCUGGGCCGGAGUGCGGGGCCACCCCUGCUGCAGCUCCUCCUGGAUCUCCUCCGGCGCCUGGUCAUCCACUGCCAGCAGCUGGACGCCCAGAACCAGCAGAAGUGCCAGGCCGCCCAGGCCGAGUCCGACCUCUUUGUGGACAUGGAGUCCGUGGCCUCUCUGGAACUGGCCAGCGACAAGACGCUGGAGGAGGUGCUGGUGGCCAUCCUCAGACACCCCACGCUGGAGGGCUGGUUCCUGGCCCUGGAGCGGCAGGCCCUCCCUCCACAUGCCCUCAGCCCGGUGCUCGUGAAGCUCCUGGCGGCCAGCCUCAGCUCGGGGAUCCUUCCGCUGCUGGUGGCCAGUGCCCCGGCCCUGCGGAGCCUCGGUCAGCUGGGCCUGCUGGCCAGGUACUCGGAGGCCGUCACCCAGAGUGUCCUCCGCGAGCUGCGCAGCCCGAGGGCCGGCUCGGCCACGUCGACACCGAAGACCCUCCUCCCUCCGCUUGAGGCCCUGCGGGGGCUGCACCCCUACAUGGAGGACGCCCCGCUCCGGGAGGUCACCCUGGCCCUGCUGGGCCUGCCCGAGGCCCGCCUGGUGGCCCAACGACCCACCCAGCCCCUCCAGAAGGAGAGACCGCUGACCGCCCUCGGGAGGACCCUGGUCCAGCUGCUGAGCGGCCGCGGCCAGGAGCAGUCACAGAGCGGGGAGCCCCUCUGGGCCUCCGAGUAUGUGCGGGGCCUGGCAGCUCUGCUGCCUGCGCUGGCCGUGGCUGAGCUGGACGCCGUGCUGCUCGGAGCUCUGCAAAGAGAGCCGGCGCUGGUCCCCGCGGUUGGGCUGGCCCUGCUUGAUGACUGCCUGGCGCGGCGGACGCCGGCGGCCCUGGCCACGGCGGCCCUGCUCCUGCGGCACAGCUGGCCGCACCGGCUGCGCUUUGAGCGCUGGUGCCAGCGGGCCGGCUCCAGACUCUGCCUGCGGGAGGCCCCGGAUGACUUCCUCCCCAUCGCCCACGUGUACCUGCAGGGCAGGACGCAGGGGUGCUUCACACGCCCCACAGAAGCUUCCUCCGCUGUCAUUCCUGUCUUGAGGAAGGCUCUGUGGAUGCCGCUGCAGACCAGGCUUCUCAGUGCCGACGGGCCCCCCGAGUCCGGCCUGCCACAGCAGAUCCUGGCCCAGCUGGUCCCGUUUGCCAGAGCCAAGGACCUGCGUGCCCUCAUGGACCGCUUGCCCAGCUUGCUGCAGACUCCAGCCAGUCACACGAGCUGGGUCGUGGCUGACGCCGUCUCAGCUGUCCUGGAAGGGUCAGCAGAAGAGCUGCAAGCCUGGAAAAAGACUCUACUGAAGGCCUGUGUGCAGUGGCUAGUUGCGUCCUUCAGUGGCGGCCAGCAGGAGGAUGGUACCCAGGAUCAGGAGAAGCAAAUGCUGCAGAGGUUUAACGAACGGUUGAAUUCACUUAAUGAAGUUGACCCUGGUGAUUGGCAGAAAUUUGUGAAGACCGGACUCAAGUUUCGGUAUCAGGACCGCGCAUUUUUGGAAGCCCUCCAUGCUGCCACGCAGCUGUUGUAUCUCCCGGAAAGCCCCGCGUGCUCGCAGCUCACCCAGCUCUCGGUGGUCCACAUGAUGCUCACCCAGCACUCCCUGUUCCUGCCCACCCUGCUGAGGACCGCAGAGGAGGAGCCCGCAGACAGCCCCGUGAGAGAAGCACUUCCUCUUCUGCUGGGACUCUGCGCCUGUGCAGCCCUGCACUGCUGGGCAGCUCCGAGGUGUUUUCUUCCAGAAGCGCUGGUGGACCUGAUGGCGGUGGUGGUGCGGCUGUGCCCCUCUGUCUGUGCGAGCAGCCACUUCGCAGUGCUCCUCGGGGCCUAUGGUGCCUCACUCAGCAUCCUGGACCAGAAGAUCUUACUUCUCCUCCGGGCCUACGAACAGAACAAGCACAGCCUCGUCAGCUUCAGGGUACUGCUGUGGGGCCCAGCGGCCGUGGAGCAUCAGAAGACGUGCCGGAGCCUGGGCAAGUCGCUAUGGCAGCAGCCGAGCGUCGGGGACAUCCUCCGCCUGCUGGAUCGCGACCGCAUGAUGAAGACCAUCCUCCACUUCCCCCAGAACCGGAGGCUGCUGCCCCCCGAGGACGCACAGGAGCCGAUAUUUAGAGACCGGAGCACGGUGGAUCUCGGGGACCUUUAUGACCCCUGUUUCCUCCUUCAUCUCUUCAGUGAACUGACCAGGCCAGAAUUUGUGGUGGAUUGUAGAAAAUUCGUGGAUUCAAAUGCUCUGGGCCUGACUGUCGCGGCCCUCAGUAGCUACGACCCACAGAUGCGCGCCGCGGCCUACGCGGUGCUGGCGGCCUACUACUCGCAGCUGGAGGGGGCGCGCUUCCGGGAGCAGCCCCAGGUACUGUACCUGUUGGACGUGGUCAGGAAUGGCAUCCGAACCAAGAACAUGAGACUCACCUUCACCCUGACUCUCUUCAUUGCCAAGGCAGCCUUGCAGAUUUUGAAACCAGAGGAGCAUAUGUACAUGAAGAUCAACAAGUUCCUGCUGUCCCACGAGUACCUGAACAUGAGCAAAGUUCCAGGCUUCUACCAGUUCUUCUACAGCUCGGACUUCGAGCAGAAGACGGAGCGGGAGUGGGUCUUGGGGCUCCUCCGCCAGGGAAUGCGGGACAAGCACUGCUUCGAGCUGUGCGCCAGGCGGGGCGUCCUCCACAUCGUCCUGUCCUUCUUCAGCAGCCCACUGUGCGAUGAGGCGGCCCAGAACUGGAUUCUGGAGAUUCUGCAGAAUGCCGCCCGGAAUGCCAGGUCUGCCUAUGAGAUGCUGCGGGACUACAGCCUCCUGACGUGGGUCCUAAACAUCCUGGAAAGCAAGUUUCUGGAGACCGAGCUGCUUUCCAACCUCAUCUCCUUGCUGCACACACUGUGGGUGACCACGCUGGGCAACAGAGAAGUGGAGGCCGGGGCACAGCCUCCCUGCAAGCCUGGGUCCCAGGAGCCCCCGAAGCUGCUGGCCCUGCACCUGGUGGACGAGUUCCUCUACAUUCUCCUUGUGCUCACGAAGCACCUGAGGCCCACCUUGGCCUCCGCCCAGCUGACCGGCUUCUUCGGGGCGCUCGACUCGGUCCUGAGGUACCGGGCCACCGUGCUGCAGGCCUUCAAGGACAUGAACCGUCUGACCGUGAACGCCACGGUGCUGUCCACCCGGGACGUCCUUGUGCUCCUGCACAAGUGGAGCCUCAUUGAGAGAGACGUCCGGCUCCAGGAGGACCUGAGGGCCGCCACGGAAAAGUGCCAAGUCCGGGAGCUGCUGAAGAUGCUCAAGGAGAAGAACAAGCCCAGUGCACCAGCCCGAGCCAAAGGCAUGCGGGCCCGGAAGCGGAGACCUGGCGAGGCGGAGGAGGCGGCCGACCCCGAGCUGUCGGCGUCCACCCUGGAGGCGUGCAGCGGCCUCCUGAGGUCCAUCCUGACCCACUGGGCGCCCGAGUUCCCCAGUGCCGACCCAGAGCGUGAAGACCCGGGCCCCGUGGGUGCCGUCGCCUCCCUGGUAGCCAGCUGGGUGCUGCGCUCCGCGGCCGGGAGUACCCUUGGCCGGGCGGAUGCGGCGGGCCUCCUGGGCUGGCUCAAGAGCCACGUCCUGCCACAGCCGGCGGUGGUGGCUGAGCUUCUCCGCGAUGGCGCCGUGACGAGCAGCCUGUUCCGCCUGUACAGCCGGUUCUGCAGUGCUGCGGAGCCGGCGGGACCGGAGGACCGCUUGGCCAGCCUCUUUAACGCCGUCCUGCUACACCUGGUGGCAGCCCGGGGCACCGCGGGGAUCCCCCUCCAGCCGGUGCUCGAGACCGUCCACCUCUCCUCCCUGGACUCCGAGGAGGAUGCGGACACACGAGCCGCCGCUGCGUUCCUGGUAUCUCUGUACGUUAAGGACAUCUGGCUGGGGGCCCAGCGGCCAGACACCCUCCUGAGCCACGUCCGGAUGGUCCUUGACACCGCAGAGGACUCGGGAAGGGGCAACGAGGAGGCUAUCGUCCGGCUCUGCAGGGACAUUGCGGCCACAGUCCCUGACACCUGACUCCUGUGGCUGGCACCUCCGGCUCCAGGUUUCAGGAGUCGGGUUGAGUCGGGGGUUUCCAUGGAAGGCCUGUGAGACGCAGGCUGUGCAUGUCGACCUGCUGUUCUGACGGGAAACGUUGGCUUCCUUUAGGUGACUGAUACAUAAGAAGCUCAAGGACUGUGUAUGCAGAGAGGUCAGGGUUACAGUGGGCCUGGGCGGCCCUGGGCCCACGAGCCCUGGUCAGGGAAGACCCUUCCUCUGAGGUGCUUGUUGUUUCUCAGAGAAAUACCUCAAACUGAGGUAACGCUAAAGUUGAAAUGUCUAAAAGUAUACGAGACACAGGAGCAUGAAGAAAGAUGUUUCAAGUUUCCUCUUCAUAAGAAGUCACAGCAAAGCUUUGUGUAACUUUUUGAAUCAAUAAACCUUUCCAGUAUUGUGUUAAAGGUAUUUUACUAAAUAAAAGGAUGUUGUACUAAAUUCUUAAAGUAUAAAACUAUUUUGUCUUCUGCUUGGAAAAGACAGCUUUAUAUUUUUAAAGAUUCCAUUUGAAAGCAAGGACUUUGAAUUUUAUAACUUGUUAAUAAAUGUCUAUUUUUGUUAGA